UCUUUCAGUUAGUCUCAAAGGUGCUUCAAGAUCUCUACAUAUUGGUUCUCUGUUGUUUUGCUUAGUUAAUAUUGCUGUUAUUUAAAAAAUACUUCAAGCAGUUGACACAAAAGGAAAUAAACACAAGCACAAAAACAAAAAUUAAGAACCAAACCAAACAGGCUGUUCUAAGCAGGAUUAUCCACAGAGGUUUUGGAAUGGGGGGAAAUCGAACCCGUGUUGUUUCACUCUUAGUGCAUCAGAUUAAAUUGAGUGGGCAACUGCAUUGGGUCGGGGACACUGCCCUUGUGGACUGUAAACCAACCCCCCACAAGCCUUACCAAUCAUCCCCAAACCUUGUAAUACCCUCAAGUAUCUCCAUUUGCCUCUGCAGUCUCUCUCAAAGUGGCAAAAGGCAGUGACGUUGUGUCCCAUGCGGUCACCAUUUUGAGAGGGACUUCAGAGGAGAAUGGAGAGGGCUCUAGGUUGCUUGUGCAGGAGUGGUGAGGAUAUUUUUGCAUGUUUUCGCACAGUUGGGAGGUGAGCUUUCUGGGGCAAAAAUUAACCAGAGAAUCCUGUGGAAAAUUUGGGGAGGUUGGGAGGCUUUGGGCGACUGGCGAUCGGAGGUCCACCGUGUCCCCAAAAUGGACAUGCCUCACAGCCUGAAGCCAAUGCUUCUGGCCCUUUUGCAUGAAGGCGGCCUGGGCAUUUCCCGUCAAAAGGGUCUUGAGUUGCCAGGCUUAAAAUUCAUUGGCACAGCUUCUGCACCCAUCAUGCAGCAUUCAGCGAGCCUCCUAAUCUUUGUGCCCAUCAGAACCAAGCUGGCUUCUGAACCUUAGUAAAUAACCUCCAAGCAUUUUUUUAAAGCCCCAUCCCAGUUCUGGAGCCACUCGGGCGGACGCCAGCCCAGAGUUGGUUGCUAACAGAUUGAAAUCGGCAGGUAAUGGGGCUGUUGAUAAGCAAAGCUUAGCAAACAGCCAUAAAGAUCGAGCUGUUAAGGGCAAAGGGUAGUUUUCUUCUGGUCACGGCUUCUUGGCUGGGAGAUGGGAGGAGAGAUCAGGGCUUUGGUUGAGAGCCAGGGCAUAGCAGUCACUUUUUUAUUAGAAAUCCAUGAAUCCUCCAGAUAGCAUGGCUGUGAGGAGCUGUAGUCCAAAGAAAGUAACUUUUCCAAACCAGUGGGAACCUGCAUUUCAAAUAUCAUUUGCAUUUUCUAGAGUACAGCUGGACAUACAUGUGUUUUUAAUCCCUAGAUCUGUACUUCUGAAGUUUCUAGAGCUUAUGUCUGUGAAAUAUUAAAACUAAAAUCCUAUGUUACCUGUUACAUAAAUCUGUAUAUAGCUACAUAACAGAGAUGCUAAAAAUCCUUUAUAGAAUUGUGAAGAUGUGUAAACAGGUCGCUGUCAAAAGUGCCUGAUGUGCAUCAGGAUCAAUGCAGUGUGCAUAAAGACCGAGACACAUCAGUCCCAUUGUGCAUUGGUUACUUUGCUGGGCCUGUUAUGUGGUGACAUAACCGGCCCUGUACCGGAUAUGGACUUUAUACAACUGCACAGUUUUAAUUCCUGCAUGCAAAAGUCAUCAGCAACUUUCUGACCUAUGUUUGCAAGAGGAAAAAAUGCACAUUCUGAAACCACAGUAUGAUUAUUUUUGGAAGUGACCAUGGCAAAAUGGCUAGAAGAUGGCAUUGCCUGAGUAUCCAAUGACUGCUUUUUGAGUCAAAGGACAAAGUCAACAAGGGGACAGACCCUUCCUUAUUCCAAGCCGGUCCCUGGUGGUCUCCGUCCCGGGAUGUCCAUCUAUGUGCAAGGGAUGGUGCCCCAUCACACCAAGAGAUUCCGGGUGAAUUUUGCCUGCGGUCCCCAGGAUGGGGCUGACAUUGCCCUCCAUUUCAACCCCCGCUUUGACGGCAAGGAUAAGAUCGUCUUAAACACCUUCCAGGCGGGAAAGUGGGGGAAAGAGGAGCACCAGAGCAUGCCCUUCCACAAGGACCAACACUUCGAAAUCAUCUUUAUCGUCAAUAACGACGGAUACCAGAUCCUGGUGAAUAGGAACCCCUUCUGCAAUUAUCAGCAUAGGAUCCCUCCAGAGCGAGUGGAGGUUGUGAGCGCUGAUGGAGACCUGGAGCUACAGUCGAUGACCGUCAUGGGGGGCGGCAUGAUGGGAGGUGGCAUGAUGGGGGGUGGCGGGAUGCCAGGACAGCCUUGUCCACCAAUGGCAGGACCGGGCAUGGGAUACCCACCUUCAAACCUUCCUAUGAUGUCCGCACCAGCUUCCUACCACCCACAAGUGCCAUACGUGGGCAACUUCCCUGGAGGGCUGGGGUCCAAGAGGACCGUUGUGGUGAGAGGAUUCAUCCCCCAAGACGCAAAGAGAUUCCGGAUCAAUUUCAAAGCCGGCCAAGAGGUCGUCCUGCACAUCAACCCGCGCAUGGAUGAGCGGACCGUGGUACGAAACAGCUUCUUGGGCGGACGCUGGGGCACUGAAGAGCGGGAAUUGUCUUUCAAUCCCUUCCAGCGUGGGCAGUACUUUGACCUUUCCAUCCGAUGCGGAAACCAGCGGUUCAAGGUGUUUGCCAACGGCCAGCCUCUCUUCAACUACAACCACCGUUUCCACAACUUCCAGCACAUUAACACCCUGGAGAUCGACGGCGAUGUGGUCCUUUCUUAUAUCCAGUACUAAACUCAGAAAAGGGGAUUGCUUUAAGGAGAGGAGAAAAAGAGAGAAGCCCAGGCCACAUUCCUUUGUAUACCUUCUUUCCCUGGUCUUGGGACCUGCCCUUAACUUGAGACCGAAAUGCAGUUUUAAAUGGCAGCGUCAAUAAAGCAUCUUAUUUCAAACAA